AUGACGACUCGAAUAGCUCCAGGUGUUGGAGCUAAUUUACUUGGCCAACACUCGGCCGAGAGAAAUCAAGAUGCCACUGCAUACGUUGGAAAUCUCGACCCUCAAGUCUCCGAGGAAUUGCUUUGGGAAUUAUUCGUUCAAGCCGGUCCUGUUGUUAAUGUUUAUGUUCCUAAAGAUAGAGUAACAAAUCUUCACCAAGGAUAUGGAUUCGUAGAGUUUCGGAGUGAAGAAGAUGCUGAUUAUGCAAUUAAGGUUUUGAAUAUGAUUAAGCUUUAUGGGAAACCAAUUCGUGUAAAUAAGGCGUCACAAGAUAAAAAGAGCUUGGAUGUGGGAGCGAAUCUCUUUAUUGGAAAUCUUGACCCUGAUGUUGAUGAGAAACUUCUGCAUGAUACUUUCAGUGCAUUUGGAGUAAUUGUUACAAAUCCCAAGAUAAUGAGAGAUCCAGAGACUGGAAAUUCCCGUGGUUUUGGUUUCAUCAGUUAUGAUUCAUUUGAAGCAUCUGAUGCAGCUAUUGAGGCAAUGAAUGGUCAGUAUCUUUGCAACCGUCAGAUAACAGUCUCAUAUGCAUACAAGAAAGACACUAAAGGGGAGCGUCAUGGGACUCCGGCAGAGAGAGUUUUGGCUGCAAGCAAUCCAACUACCCACAAGAGCAGGCCCCACACUCUGUUUGCCAGUGGACCUCCGACACUUCCCUCUCAGGCCAAUGGUGCUGUAGUUGCACCUGUGCCUCCACGUCCCUUUGCAAAUGGCGUUGUUGCUCCAGGACCAGUUCCAGCACUGCGCCCACCACCCCCACCAAAUGCAGCAUUCGCACCAAUGCAGAUCACUGGUCAACCAGCUUGGCAGGGUCAGCCAUCACAACAAGGUCAACCAAUGCCACCUCCAAACAUGCCACCUCCAGUUCAAUUCAGGCCACCUCCUCCAAACAUGCCACAACCUCCUAUGCAGGGAGCUCCUAUGUUCCCAAGACCUCCCCCACAGCCCAUGGCAAUGGGAGCCCAACAACAAGUAUGGCGACAGCCACCACCACCACAGCAAUUUCCUGGGAGGCCCCCCAUGCUACAAAUGAUGAUGCAACCUCCGCCUCCACCCAAUGCGCUACCACCCCCACCACCCUCGGGUUGA